UCACAAAUUCUGUGCCACGAAUACCCGAAUCAGCAACGGAAGGGAAGUUACGCUAUAUUCGCCAUCACGCUGCCAGCUAUCUCGACACUCAUCGUGUUUCUAAGACUUUUCGCCCGCUGGACCGUUGCUCAUAAGCUAUGGUGGGAUGACUACGUUACAAUGCUCGCUUUGGUAUGCCCGUGA